AUGUGUGCUACCUGCUCUGGGGAAACGUGCCAGAACGCUGCCCUUAUCAUCAUUGAAGAGGACGACGAUGACGAGCCUCAAGACAACCCUGACGAUCCACCAAUACUGGAGUACCUACCUACAGGGAACGAAGACGGCGACCCACCAAUAGUGGAAGACAUACCUAUUGAAGAGCAACGAAAAUCGAAUUCCAAAAUAUUCGGAAAACUUCCUCCGGCGCUCUCGUCUGCUACAGCUUCAAUAUUUGGUGGAGGCUUGGAGCUUCUCAGGAACUUCGGCGGAAGUUUUGGAAACUUGGGUUCGGAUAUUGACGAUGACACGGAAGACAACCAACAUUCGGACGGGGGUCCAUGCGAGGCCGGUUCGACAAAGGCGCGACGCCGACGCACGGCCUUCACAAGUGAGCAGCUCCUCGAACUUGAGCGCGAAUUCCACGCCAAGAAGUACCUGUCGCUGACGGAGCGCAGUCAGAUAGCUUCGGCUCUGCGGCUAUCCGAGGUGCAGGUGAAAAUAUGGUUCCAGAAUAGAAGGGCGAAGUGGAAAAGGGUCAAAGCGGGGUUAGGCACUGGCCCCCACCAGAGUAUCAAGGGUGCCCAACAAAAGAGCAAACUCGUCGUCCCGAUCCCAGUUCAUGUGAACAGAUUUGCCGUGCGAAGCCAGCACCAGCAGCUCGAGAGGGCCUUAGGAGAUCUCGCAGGGAGGGUUUUGGCAAGCCACGCGGCGCUUAGGGCCGGUUUAGACUUGCACGGAUUUCACCCCCAGGCGCCACCCCACUGA